AACAUGGAACGUAUCCAUAACAGAGUUGGGUUCCGAGCAAUUACGAUUGUAAUUCGUCACGUAAUCGUUCGCUGUAACUGAGCGUAUAGAUUAUAGUUUACAAUUGUUAAAAUGUAACUAAAUUAAAAUUGCGAUUAUACGAUUCUCUCGUACGUUUGUUUUGAAUGUAUAACACUAAACUCUAAACAAUCAGAGCCAGACAUCGGAUAACGACAAGAACGAGUGUAUUAUUAAUUCGCACAUGUUGGCAGCACCUUUUAUACUUCAGGAGUUUUCGAAUGUGUUCGACGAUCGAUAAGACGAUUUCCAGAGGAUUAUCUUAUCGUAUUAUCUGAUGUUCAAUUAUAGCAGAUUGACUGUUACUCGGCUUUAUAUUUAUAUGUUUCCUUGUUAGACAGCUAGUAAAAAUUGCCGGCAGAACGUUGAGGGUGCGAUAGUUGACUAAAAAUCUCAUUUUUUAAAUUUUACAGGCGUAGUUUUUGUGGAUCAUUCGUCCACCUUCGUAGUCACGAAUACCCUUUUUUUCACCGUAGGGAUACGUUUCCGUUCGACGUGCAGAGUCCUGCGUGAUUUGCACUCGCGAUCGUUCGCCAUAUGGCCCGAUACGGUGAAUAUAGGUCACGCGAAGACACGUGUAUUUUCUCGCUAGGUAAAAAACAAUUCCUACGGUUGUUAACCGUCAACUUGGCACAAUGGACACAUUGAAAGUUUGUUAUCCACCUGCGUUGUGUAAUAAAAAAAAUAUAUCACACAUCAGUUGAAAUGCAAUAUUUUGAUACAAUAUUAUGGUUAUCAAGCUCUUAUGCAAUGAAUCACUGAUCCUCGAUCGUUCUAAACAUUUUCGAAUAACAUGCAAUAAGUAUCGAACGUAUCUACGACGAUCGCCGAAAGGACUUCUGUCCAGCUAGAAUAAACGAUUCGUUACAUCGCGCGUCGAAUCGAUAAGGAAGAAAGCGAGGCGAUUAUUUCCUUAAAAUACAUCUCGAGUACACGGACAGCGUAUAAUAAUCCUUUCAUCGUAUCCGGCUGGAAGCCGUAAAGAGGCUUUGGCUCUCGAUGCUUUCACGACGAUUUACUCGAGCUUCUUGUGAUUCACGCGAACGACUCGACCCCGGAAUAUUCGAUAAACCGUCACGUUCGGUGGCCUCCGUGCGAGACGGUCGAUUCAGACUUACGUAGCGUUCUCGUUUUUUUCAUUGUAUGAAAAACGAAGACGUUUCGUCUGACUCACCGUAUGUAACUAGAGUCACACAACGGAGUCACCUAAAUCCGUUUUAUUCCCAUUAUUUCAUCCGCAAUCGCACGGCCGCUACAAUCGGUACACGCGUCCGAGCGCAAUAAUACUAGACCACGAAGUCACGAGUCAUGCAUAAUGACUUUCGCCGAAUCAACAGAUAGUGCAACACAUGUUUGCGCUUUCAACAGCUGUUCUUCACGUGACUCUGUCGUGAAAAUAUCCUGAGCGACCGAAUAAUCGACGCUCGUAUAUGUGUCAGAGCUCAGCGUCGUCGGCAAUAAAAAAUUUAAACUCAAACAAAGGAUCGGAUUGAUCUUUAAGAAAAUAAUAAAGCCGUUGACAGUUACAAGGUGCAGCGGAUAAUUUGAAUAUUCUUAUCGGUUGGUUUCUUUGAGAACUGUUAUCUGUACAUGUAGAACAGUCGUAUCUAAAACAAUUUCAAACCAUGCUCUGAAGCGCAAAAUUAACGAAAUAGGGACGUAAACAUACGUAAAUAGAGAGUAUAUUUUAUACACGAAACAUUGUUUAAUUACUUUACCUCGAGCAUCGAUUAACCGGUGGGUCACGAAUUUAUUGCUGCGAUUCACGUUAAUCGACAAUCUGCUGUAUUCUUAACAGUUUUUCGUUAAUUCGAUAUGCGAAAGUAUACGACGAAGUUCGCGGCGCAGAAAGGAAGCGUUCGAAACAUGCGAUUCGAUGUAGUUAUUUAUUAUUAUCGUCCAAACGCUCCAUGGUAACGAAUUCCACUCGAUUCCCGUGGCUUUCGUCGCUACGUUCAUUCCUGCUUCGGUCCCUAUCGUUUUCGUACCGAAAUCUAACACGAUGAUGACGUUCCAAACCGUCACCAAGGAGGACCUGAAGCUCGCCGCUUCUAUCCAGCGUCGAAGGCAAAUAGAAGAGGAAAGGAAGCAGCGAAUAUUCAAUCCGCGAUUCAGGAAAAUCGGAAUAGACAAGGAAUUCUUGGACAAACAGGUCGCGGAAAAGAAGCAGCAGCGCCAGCUAGAACAGGCACGAGAAACCGAGCUCGACGAGAAUUUGAUUCGCGGCAGUAAGCUCGCUUUGCUUCUCGAAAAACAACAGGAAGAGGAGAGACGACGGAUAAACGUUGAGAUUGAAAAUUUCCGACGACACCACCAGCGACCGGAGGAUCGGCGAGAUUACGAUCUGUGCGAUCCGGAUGCCUUGAAGAAAUCGUGUUCAGCACCCUGCGAUGGAGACUCGCAAUCCGGUUUGGCCUGCGGGCAGAAAUCUGCCUACUGAUUUUGACAAUGCAGAUUCGAGGGCGAGGAUACCGACUCGAAGGAACGCUCGAAAGCGCAAAAAGAGGAGAUGAGAUGGUGGAUAGAGAAGCAAAAGAAUGAACGUACGAUGGAGGAGAGAGAUCGGCAGGAAGCCGAGAAAGCGUAC